AUGGCGGCGGUUUUGAGGGGAGAAAGGGAGGAUCUCCCGCUAGAAAGCACAAAGAAGCUGCAGUAUAUUUGGGGGAAUGACGAUGAGAGAAGGUCUUGGGAGGAGAUUGGAUUAUUCAAGGUCUUUGCGAAAAGAGAGAGUCAACACCUGGGAGCGCACAGACCAAUUGGGAACUUCCGCUUUUACGGUUAUUGUUGA